AUUACAAUAGCGGUCGCCAUUACGUCUCUUAUCAAAUUUAGCAUUAGCGAAAGAAAUUGCUUGUGUCAAACAAUCGCGCGCGCGAUUUGUUUUGUUUUCAGUUAGUGAAUUAAGUGUUCUUCUUUUUUUAAGAUGGCACCUCCUAGGAAGAUAAUUAAGCGACAAUUAGAAAUAUUAGUUGAUUAUCUAGAAGAAAAUAAAGACAUAUCAGGCGGCACACCAUUUUCGCCGGUGGGGCUUCAUGCAGCUAAAGUCAAAUGGACCAUGGUCGCAAAAAAAUUAAAUGCUGUAGAAAACGGAGCACAGAAGUCUCCUGAAGGAUGGAAGAAGUAUUGGUUUGAAUGGAGACACAAAUGUAGAAAAAAGGCAGCAAAUAUACAACAAAAUCAAUUAAAUUCUUCAGGUAGUUGUCAGAAAAUAAUGCUUAAUGAUAUUGAAUUGAGAGCUUUGAAUAUCAAUGGGAAUGGUUGUGAACGAAUAGAAACUCCGGUGCCUUCCUCGAAAAAGUUAGAAAUAUUUCUUUCGGAAGACUCUGACUCUGAACAUCAAUUGAAAAUUGUUGAAGAUCAAGACACAGAAGAUGUUAAAGUUCCUCCCAAAAGAAGAUUAACUACAGAAAAUUCAACCAUUGUCACACCUCCACCAGACUGGGCCAUGGACUUAGAAGACCGCAGAAUAGCAGCUGAAGAACGAAUAGCCAAGGCUUUAGAGUCAAUAGCCAAUAUGAUGCGAGUGCAAGAAGACAGAAGAUGCUUAAUAGAGGAGAGACUAGUUGAAACAUUGACAGCCAUCGCAGGAAAUCUACAAGGACUGAACUGUAGUGCAAAUCAAAAAAAUUCUUUACAACAUUUGCAGCAAUCAAGUCACGACCAACCGGAAACAUCCUCUAUGAAGGAUGUGAUCUUUCUUUAAUAUAAAUGUUAAAUAUUUUAAAAUUAGGAUGAAUAUGUUGUGUAUAGUAGUGACUUUAAAAACAAUUUGCCAGUAUAGUAGUAAACGAAUGUGAUUUAAAUUCUUUUUAAAGAUUUUUACUUUAAUGGUAUUAUUUUUUGUCUUGUUUAUAUUUUUUAUUAAUUAUAUUGACAAAGUAUACACUGUUGAAAAAGUUUCAAUAGUCCCAAGACUGCAGAUAUGUACAUCCUUGUUUAUUGAAUUAUGUAAAAUUAGGUUGAUAGUAUAUAGUUAGUAAAUAAUACCGUACUUUUUAAAAUUAUAUUUAAAAGGUUUAAUAUACUUUGUAAAACUUUGGAUUGUAACUUUAUAACAAUGUAAAAAAAAGAACAAUGGAUAGUGCACAUCAGAUUACAGGAUAGUUUAUCACAUUUGGCAAUUUUGGCGGACGGGUAAAUGGGUCACCUGAUGGUAAGUGGUCACCACCGCCCAUUGACAGCGGCGAGUUAAGAAAUUACAAUUAUUCCUUACAUCGCCAAUGCGCUACCAACCUUGGGAACUGAGAUGUUAUGUCCCUUGUGCCGGUAGAACACAACAAUACUAAGUAUUACUUCUUAGCGGCAGAAUAUCUGAUGAGUGGGUGGUACUCGCCCAGACGGGCCUGCACAAAGCCCUACCACCAGGUAAACACGAAACAGCUAUUGAAUGGAGCAUGCAUUAUGCCACAAAUUUGAGAUUAUAAUGAAUUUCAACACAUAAGUAUAUG